CUCGUGAACAAAGAGAUUGUUGCACUAUAAAAAGGCAAACCCGUCUCCUUCGUUUCUCGUCUCUUCCAUUACUCUCUCCUCCAUACACACAGUGGAAAGAUUUUAGUGAGAGAGUAAUUAAUUCUUUCAAACAUGGCCCUCCUCAACGAUUUAAUCAAUCUCAACCUCACAGAAUCCACCACGAAAAUUAUCGCCGAAUACAUCUGGAUCGGUGGAUCGGGGAUGGAUCUUCGAAGCAAAGCCAGAACACUUCCUGAACCUGUAACUGAUCCCAAAAAGCUGCCAAAAUGGAAUUACGAUGGAUCGAGCACUGGUCAAGCUCCUGGUGAGGACAGCGAGGUCAUAGUCUGGCCUCAAGCUAUUUUCAAGGAUCCAUUCAGGGGUGGAAAUAACAUUUUGGUGAUAUGCGAUGCAUACACUCCCGCCGGCGAGCCAAUUCCGACCAACAAGCGGUAUGCGGCGGCGAAAAUCUUCAGCGACCCCAAAGUCGAGAAGGAAAUCCCAUGGUAUGGAAUCGAGCAAGAAUACACUUUGUUGCAGAAAGAUAUCAACUGGCCUUUGGGUUGGCCCCAAGGCGGAUUCCCCGGACCUCAGGGCCCAUACUACUGUGGUAUUGGUGCCGAUAAGGCUUUUGGACGUGAUAUCGUCGAUGCACACUACAAGGCUUGCCUUUACGCCGGAAUCAACAUCAGUGGGAUUAACGGCGAGGUGAUGCCCGGCCAGUGGGAGUUCCAGGUCGGACCAUCUGUCGGAAUCUCUGCCGGCGAUGAGAUCUGGGCUGCUCGUUAUAUUCUUGAGAGGAUCACCGAGAUUGCUGGAGUCGUGGUUUCGUUUGACCCCAAACCCAUUAAAGGUGACUGGAAUGGUGCCGGAGCUCACACCAACUACAGCACAAAAUCAAUGAGAGAAGAGGGGGGGAUAUGAAGUCAUCAAGAAAGCUAUAGAGAAAUUGGGUUUGAGGCACAGAGAACACAUUGCUGCCUACGGUGAAGGGAAUGAACGUCGGCUCACCGGUCGCCACGAGACAGCCGAUAUUAACACAUUUAAAUGGGGGGUGGCGAACCGUGGUGCUUCGAUUCGUGUUGGGAGGGACACUGAGAAGGAAGGGAAGGGGUAUUUUGAGGACCGUAGGCCAGCCUCUAACAUGGACCCGUAUGUGGUUACUGCGAUGAUUGCCGAAACUACCCUUUUGUUGUGAACGUGAAACGUGAAGUAUUUUGGGGAGAUUUCUGUUAGAGUUGGGAAAAGAUCCUUCUGUUUAUUAUUGUUAAAAGUAGUGUGUGCCUUUGUUUAUUCUGUUUUAGUUGCUUCUGGCUUUCAAUUUUUAACAGCAAAUGCAGUUUGUUUGGUGAUUUCUCCCUAGUGUUUGUUGGAAAUAACGUUUAAUAACAAUGUGAAGGGUUUUGGUUUUCAGUUCUAUUAUCAUUUUGUUUGUUUUUGUGAUUUUUGGGUUCAUCGAUUCGUAUUGUGUUGUUGUUUCUUUUGAUGUAUUCCUUUUGAUGACGCACAAUAAAGAUUCAUUUUUAUCAUCAUUUUGUUUGUUUUUGCGAUUUACGUUUUUGCACAUUUUUCACAUGAUUGGGUGAACUAAGAGAUUAAUGUUUGUACUUUUUGAAACUUUCAUUGUUUCUGUUUAUGCUAGUUUGUUGCUAGCUUGAUUUUAUAUAAAAUCAUUCCAGCCAUUAAAAAAAACUAUUUAUACUUUAGACAAGUGUGCGGUUGGUGGAUUGGAUAAUACUAACAUUAUAAUAUAUAUGGGUUGUUUAGGGUUGGGGUUGGCUUAAAACUUUUUUUUUGUACAUUUUAAAAUGUUUAUAUACGGUUAUGAAACUAUCUUUGACAGCACAAUAGGGCAUUGAUGAACCAAAAUACGAACAAAAACAAGCAUAUGGUGACAAAAGAUCGAAACCAACGUUCACAUUGUUAUUAGAACAAUAUAAUUUUAUCAACUAUUAUUCCCUACAAUCACAAAGAUAUCACCAACCAACUGUAUUUUGAGGCUAAAAACUUGUUAACCGGAAUCAAAAUCUCCAUUAAUAAGGGUUGUACUUUGUAACUUGACACGAGGUUCAUAUUGUGUUUCUCGCAAAGAGAAUAAAUUUUUUGUUGUUAA